AUGCAGCUACUCAGCUUAAACUUCUUGCUGUAUACCAUCAGCGGCAUAUGGCGGCCGAUCGAGUGGUCCUCGAUCGGUUCCACGCUGCUGUACAGCGCGUACACCGUCCUUAUAAUAUACCUGAUGACCUUCCUGAUAACGACUCAGUUGCUGGACAUCAUCCUCAUCGUUGACAACGUGGAGGACUUCACCGCCAACUCCCUGCUCUUUAUCUCGGUGAUAAGCGCGUUCAGCAAGAUGUUCACUCCCUUGAUACGUCGCGGCCGCAUUAUCGAUCUGAUCGAGACACUCCAACGGCCGCCGUGCAGGGUCUGCGACCAGGAGGAAGUGGAGAUUCAAGCGAAGUUCGAUCGUUCGAUCAGAUCGCGCUCCCUAUAUUACUUGUUUCUCGCGACGAGUUCCGCCACCGGGGCCCUCGCAGGAGCGAUGCUCGCCAUCCUGAAAGGGCAAUUGCCCUUGAGAGUGUGGGUGCCUUACGAUUACAGCACAUCCCUCUUAUUCUGGCUCACGUCCGUUCAAUUGCUGUUAUCCGUGAGCUUCGGCACGAUCAUCAACAUUUCCACGGAGACCUUGGUUUACGGAUUGUGCCUGCAAACGUGCGCGCAACUCGAGAUCCUGACGCACCGUCUCCAAAGGGUGGCGCUCUCGAGCCCGGGAGCUCGCGAGAGCGACACGUCGCCGAAAAGAGCGAGCAGACUGUCGGAGCAUGUCUGUCAUCACCUGUGCAUAAUCAGGUAUGCCGAGCAGGUAAACGAAAUAUACAGCCAGGUGUUCUUUACCCAAUUUUUCGCCAGUAUACUGGUGUUGUGUUCGAGCGUGUACUAUCUGUCUUCUCAUCUGACACUCGAAGACAUAGCGACCAUGGGUACUUACACAUUCUGUAUGUUCGUGCAGAUUUUCGUUUAUUGCUGGGCCGGGAACGAAGUUAUACUUAAGAGUACGAAUCUGAGCGACGCGAUAUACGAAAUGGAGUGGAUAUUGAUGACGAUCAGCGAACGGAAGGACCUACUGAUGAUCAUGAAGCGCUGCACGAAACCCAUCAGGUUUUCCAGCAGCUUUCUGGUAAUGCUAUCCCUGAGAUCGUACGGCAAACUACUGAAGGCAUCUUACUCUGCGUUUAACGUUUUACAGCACCUGAGUGGUAUAUGGCGGCCCGUCGAAUGGUCGUCGAGCUGCGCUAAAAUGUUAUACAAUGCGUUCACCGUCUACACGAUAGUCUCAUUGUACUUUCUCAUGUUGACACAAUUCAUGGAUAUCCUUCUUAUCGUUGAUAACGUAGAUGAUUUCACCAAUAAUUCUCUGAUAUUCGUGAGUAUUAUUACCGUUUGCUGCAAGUCGACGAUCAUCGUAUUACGUCGGAACGCGAUCAUCGAUUUGGUGGAGAUGUUGCUGAGAGAUCCGUACAAGCCUCGCAAUGAGGAUGAACUGGCCAUACAAGCGACAUUCGACAAAUUUAUUCGAUCAUGCUCGAUAAUGUAUUUGCUCUUGACGAUAACAUCAGUAACGACCGGUUCGUUGAGAUCGCUGUCGAACAUCAUAGAGGGUCGUUUACCUUACAGAGUGUGGCUGCCUUACGACUGGAAUAAAUCCCCGAUGUUCCUGAUCACAUCGAUCUAUCAGCUAAUCACUAUAUUCCUAGCGGGCCUCAUCAACGUCGGCACAGAAACUGUAGUAUUCGGAUUUAUUCUGCAAACGUGCGCCCAGCUGGACAUUCUCAAGAGUCGUCUGAACAAAUCGGUGAUUAAAAGAAUUGCCGGCUACCAAAAGAAUCGUCCGCGUUCCGGGACAAGUGGGAAACAAGCAACAAUUUCGGAACUCAUACUUUAUCAUCUCAGCAUUUACACAUAUGCAAAUGAGGUGAACUGUGUAUUCAACCAAAUACUCUUCGUCCAAUUUUUCGGCAGUAUAUUGGUGUUGUGUACGAGCGUAUAUUAUGUGUCGCUGCAUAUCGGAGAAACAGAGGCGGCAGGUAUUCUGGCAUAUACCGUUGCCAUGUUCGUGCAGAUCUUCGUCUAUUGCUGGUCUGGAAACGAGGUUAUUCUAAAGGUGCAAUGGCUCGCGAGCUUAGCGGACGCCGUGUAUCACGUAGAGUGGUCUUCACUGUCGAUCAGAGAACGCAAAGAUCUGCUGAUAAUCAUGAUGCGCAGCGCGGUUCCUAUUAAGUUCACCAGCAGCUUCUUGAUAACUAUGUCCCUUGAAUCUUACAACAACAUUCUGAAGACGUCAUAUUCAGCAUUCAAUGUACUACAAUCCUAA